GCACGGAGCGAGGAGAGCCUCUGGACUUCCAACCGCUCAGCAUGUGAACCGACGCUCUGUGUGAAGUCAAGUCGAAAAACGAUGGAAAUAUAAGCCUUUUUAAGUUUUAAACGCGUCUUCUUUUGCGACAAAGUAGCAACGCUAACGCCUUAGACGCGCUGGAAUAAGUUGGGUUUGCGCUACUUCAAGAAAAUGGGACUUUGAGUGUAAUUUUCACCGGGUCGGAGUGAGAGUGGGCUGCUUGGAGUCACUUACAAAGACCAUCAAGAAGUCAUGACACGACGAACGUUUCACUUGGAUUUAUCUUCAUAAAACACGAGAAAAAGACGACUACGACGAUUUCAACUCGAAUUACUCGGACUACAAGCUAAGUGUUGAGACAAUUGAUGUAGAUUUUCCGUGCUUUUCCACGGUUUUCAGAUCGCCCUACUUGGAUCAAAGUUUUUCCUUCCCUCCCCCUCCUCCUCAACUAUGGCGGCGGCCAGGUCCACCACUGGCUCCGUGCUGCUGCGGAUCAUGUGGCUGCUGUGCGGGCUGUCCUUCUCAUCCACUUCUGCUCAGAAUUACAACAGUGAGAGUGGAAUAUCUAUCCCAGAACACGGGUUUUGCCAGCCCAUCUCCAUCCCGCUUUGCACCGACAUCGCCUACAACCAGACCAUCAUGCCGAACCUCCUGGGCCACACCAACCAGGAGGACGCCGGACUAGAGGUGCACCAGUUCUACCCGCUGGUGAAGGUCCAGUGCUCCGCGGAUCUAAAGUUCUUCUUGUGCUCCAUGUAUGCUCCAGUGUGCACAGUGCUGGAGCAGGCCAUCCCCCCAUGUCGGUCCCUGUGUGAGCGUGCACGGCAGGGAUGUGAAGCCCUCAUGAAUAAAUUCGGCUUCCAGUGGCCGGAGCGGCUCCGCUGCGAGGCCUUCCCGGUCCACGGAGCUGGGGAGAUCUGCGUGGGCCAGAACACAUCCGAACCCAGCAGCCCGGCCUCAUCGUCGUCCCCCUAUGCACCCGAACCUGUGACCCUUCCCCCGAACAUAGGCCGACCCAACCAACGCAACCCCACGCACAACCAGUACCACCAGUUCUCCUGCCCUCUGCAGCUGGAGGUGCCGAGCUACCUGGGCUAUCGAUUUAUGGGGGUCAACGACUGCGGGGCACCAUGUGAGCCCACCAAACCAACAGGCAUCAUGUAUUUCCGGGAGGAUGAGGUGAAAUUCGGUCGGCUGUGGGUCGGGAUCUGGUCCAUACUGUGCUGUGUGAGCACCUUAUUCACUGUGCUCACAUAUUUAGUGGACAUGAGGCGGUUCCGAUACCCCGAGAGGCCCAUCAUCUUCUUAUCCGGCUGUUACUUCAUGGUGGCGGUGGCCUACGCUGCUGGGUUUUUCCUGGAGGACAAAGUUGUUUGUGUGGAUAAAUUCAAGGAUGACGGCUACAGGACAGUGGCUCAGGGGACUAAAAAGGAGGGCUGCACCAUCCUCUUCAUGGUGUUGUACUUUUUUGGUAUGGCCAGCUCCAUCUGGUGGGUGAUUUUGUCCCUGACUUGGUUUCUCUCUGCCGGGAUGAAAUGGGGCCAUGAGGCGAUCGAAGCCAACUCCCAGUACUUCCACCUGGCCGCAUGGGCUGUCCCGGCCAUCAAAACCAUCACCAUCCUCGCCAUGGGCCAGGUGGACGGAGACGUGCUGACGGGGGUGUGUUUCGUUGGGAUCUUCAACGUGGACGCGCUCCGCGGCUUCGUCCUGGCUCCUCUUUUUGUCUACCUGUUCAUCGGCACGUCCUUCCUCCUGGCCGGGUUUGUGUCCCUCUUUCGGAUCCGCACCAUCAUGAAGCACGACGGCACCAAGACGGAGAAGCUGGAGAAGCUGAUGGUGCGCAUCGGUGUGUUCAGUGUGCUCUACACGGUUCCGGCCACCAUCGUGAUCGCCUGCUACUUCUACGAGCAGGCCUUCAGGGAGCACUGGCAGCGGACCUGGCACAUGCAGACCUGCAAGCGGUUCGCCGUACCCUGCCCGGUCCACAACUUCGCCCCCAUGACUCCAGACUUCACCGUGUUCAUGAUCAAAUACCUGAUGACCAUGAUAGUCGGGAUCACUUCGGGUUUCUGGGUCUGGUCCGGGAAGACUCUGCAGUCAUGGCGGAGGUUCUACAAACGCCUCAGCAACGGCAACCACGGAGAGACAACGGUGUAAAGUUCUGAGGAAGACACGUCCCAAAGCCACGGGGUUUUGGAUAUAACAACCAUGUAAAUGAGGUCAAAUAGCUUUCAUUUUUAAUACUACUUUGGACAUACUUUUUUAAAAAUGUGUUUUCAGGUUGUGGCAGCAAUUCAGGCUUUUGGACACACAACCAAACUUUAAUCUUUAUUCGAUAGAAGUUGGAUGAUUUUUCAAUAUAUUUCUUAUUUUUUUGUCUUCAUCAGACACUCCUGGCUUUUGCAUCUGUGGAUUAUAAACUGGUGUAAAUGGCCAUACUGGUACCUGGACUGUAAAGCCAGACUGGUGAGAUUACCUUUAAUAAGAAACUCCCUUAUAUAUUAUUGAUUUUAUCCUUAAUAGCCUUUUCAAUUUGAAUGUACUUCCUAUUGCUCAGUGGAAAACAGCGUAACAGAAAAGACUGAAGGGUCAAGCAGUGUGGCCUUCUGUCCGCACUGCAGCAUAAAGGUCAAAGGUUUGAUCCCUGCCGCCGCCACACCCUCUGACUGUGAAUUCAUUAAUUAGGGAUGCCUGGAUUAUACACUUUAACUCUGCUUUUAGCUAAAGACUGAAAUGCUUCCAUGUGUGUCAGAUAUUGCAGAGUACAAUCUCACCUGUUGUAAUCUGAGAAAAAGGUCCAUCAGCUCACGACUCCACGCCAUCAUGUGCCAAGUGGCUGCCCAGAAAUCAAACUUUAUUUCAUUUUUAUACUGUAUUUUUAAAAUUUUCUGACUGAGUAUUUGCUCCUGUAUUGAAUGUUCACUCCGAAGGUGAAUGAAGUUAUGUAUCUGUUUGCACAGCUAUCCUAGAGGUUAAAAGUGUUAAAAUGACUGAUUUUCACCACAGGAUGACCUGGAUUAAACAGCAAAAGAGACCACACACACACACACACACACUCACACACACACUCACACACAGUCCUCCACUCUCUGCAAUGAAGACACAACAGCUCAUUGUUUGUCUCGGUGUGUGGUCUCUCAACUGUUGGAUCCCCCCAUCAAAAAGACUUUUUAAGCUUUUAAGACAUCCAAAGCACCAUUUCAAGGAUUUAAUCCAUACCGAGUGGAAAUGGUUGCUCAGGAUUUUUGAUGUUAUUUUAUCCUGGAUAAAGAUGACUGUACACAUUCACGCCUGUAUUCUACCCAGUGUAACUGAAUCUGCCUUAAUCACUUAUAAUUUCACUUGAAGUGUUACGUUGUUUUCACAAGCAGACUGAACAUUUUAGAGUUUUUAAAAGAAUCAUUAUUUUAGUGUCUAGUCUUCCUGACAGAAGCCUUCAAAACAUUAAUUUGCUCUGUGACUGAAAACUGGACUUAUUCUAAGUUGCAGAAACACCCGGUAUGAGGUCAAAGGUCAAAACCGUGUGGGAAUAUUUUUGUAUUUGGAAAGAGAGAGAGAGAAAGCAUUGGAGACAGACUGUGCUGUGUUCAGCAGAGGUGGAGUGUUUUAUCUGGGGCCAAAUCACUGGUGACAAAACAGCAUGAUGAUAUUGAACACCCACAUUGUGACCAGCUCAUAACAAUAUAUGUAUUCUUUUUUUAAUAGCUGGAAACAUUUUAACACAAUAGAAGGAAACAUAAAAGCUAAAUGACCCUACUUUUAAAAUAACCCCAAAAUAUAUUUCAGUACUGUUCAUUUAUUUUCUGAAAGCAUAGUUGAUUUUUUGAAUUUCUGUGGAAAUUCAACACUUUUAAAGGUGCAGUUUGACCAAAAGCGUCAGUAUUUGACAGCCUGGGAAUGGUACUCAGCACUUGACUAUCUUUCUGCAGAUACUGCACAUUUAAUUCAGGUUAGAAUAACAGUGACCUAAUUAUUGGUCAACAUAAAACCAUUACCAGUGAUUUUGUCCUAUUAGUUAUCCCUGGUUGCAUGCAGUAACACUGGUUAUUUGAACUACUUUAGCAAGAGUUUAUUUCUCUAACUAAAAAGUAAAAUCAGUAGAACUUGUGGGAAAAACCUGAGCAGAAAAGCUUGUUUUUAUCCUGCGUCAGCUGCAACACAGCAUGUUUGCAAGAAGGUUACGUUACUUUUUCAUGCUGCACAUUUUCUCGGCAUGUAAAUGAUGAAUGGAAACACCCAGCAGCAAUGAGGGUAAACUUGCAACAUUAUGACCUUGUAAACCUGGUAUUUUAAUCUCUAAAGCUGUGCCCUGAAUCCACACAUACUUAUACAAGAACAUAAACACUACAUCUCAAUUUUCAGUAUGCUGUCAAAGCAGUUUGUGUACAAGAAGUGUCACAUUUCCCAUGUGAAUGCACUACAUACCUCAAACCAUGGUUAAAAUUAGUAUGUAGGAUUGAGUUAGGAAACAGGACAACACUCCACUACACAUGAGCCAUCUCUCGUCUGUGUUUUAACCCAAUGAGGCUAAAGUAUUUGGUGCAAUUGCCUCCAGGCAGCUGAGAUCUGCCAGUGUCAAUAAUACCAGACUGGUGUGUUUUUGUCUUGUACUGAAUUUCCGAAGGAAUAUGAGUGUGUGUGGGUUUUUUCUUUUAUUGGAACAUAUGCAACCUACCAAGUAAACACAAACUCUGUUUUGUAAAGGCAUAUUGUAUUUAUGGGGAUACUCAUUUUUGUCUUUUUUACUUGUUCUUUUUUUUUUUUAAUGAGAUAAGCCUGUUGUACGUGUACAGUUUGAAUAAAAUCAAUAAGGUUUGUAA